UCGGCAAAGUGCUGGCGUUAGGGCAGCGGAAAUAUCAAAACGACGGCGUUCCAAUGCAUGGACGAAUUCAAAAGGACGCAGAGAAAUGACGAUUAUUCAGGGCGAUUCCCAUUGCGGAGACGAACCGACAUUGGAUGAGAUUAAGCAUGAAAUAUCGAGUAUCGUUGGAUUGUCAGAUGUCAAGAAGCAGUUAGAAUCCGUUGUUGAUAAAAUAAUUAAGGCAAAGAAAGAUGCCAGUGAGGGAUUAAGGGUUGUGCCUCCAAAACCCUUCCAUUUGGUGUUCAUAGGGAAUAGUGGAACAGGCAAGUCCAUGGUAGCUGGAAUUCUCGCCAAGCUAUUUUAUUUGGCUGGAGCUCUAUCUUCUUAUACUGUGACAGAGAUGCAAGGAAGUCGACAGAUGAAAGAUGCAGGCAGAGGUGUACUGGUUGUAAACAUUGACGAAGACCCCAUAAAAUUGGAGACUUUCAAGGAGAUCAUAGAUGUAAUGGAUGAGGGCCAUAUAGUUGUUAUAUUUUCUGGAAAUCUCAAUGCAUUAAAUCAAUGCAUGAAGCUCAACAAUGAAUUUUACUAUAGGCUCUCAGCAUGUCUACAAUUUAAUGACUUGACCCCCCUAGAACUGGCUACUAUCCUUCAAAGGAAGGCAAGUGAGAAGGGCGAGAAUGAUUUGAUAUGCGGGCUAGAGUUGGAUUCUUCAUGCAUCACCUGUGAUAUUGCUCAAAUAAUUGCGGAUGUAACACCAGAAAAUCUACGCAGACAGCUGAAUGCCCAUCUGAUUGAUCAAAUGCUAAUAGAAGCUAUGAAAGUGGCCGACUCGCAAGGUGAAAAGACCAUUUCAUUGAGGGAUCUAGGAAUAGUGUUUGCUCAAAAUGGUGUAUCUGCUGAGAACCCUUUAUUUUUACUCUCCUCUUCUCAUAUGCUCAAAGAAAAGUUCCAGUGAAGCAUAUACAAAGAAAUCCACGAUAAAGGUAAAGAGAGAGCAAUGCUUUAAGUUAUUGUUGGCAUCAGAAAUGCUGAAAUCAAGUGAAGAAGCCACUGCCUCCUGAGUUGCUCCAGGUCCAGCAUCACCACCAUUGCAGGCCUGCGCAGUUUGCUUUCUCCAGCAAUGCUGCUGUUCCGGCACCUCUUGCGUUGAAUCGCAUUCCUCUGGUUGUGGCUUCUAUUCGCUGGAGUUCUA